AUGUGGAGAAAUUUGGCCUCCAAUCCACCAGACGAGUGGAUUAUCGCCCGAGAAUCCUGUCACGAGAAAAACCCCUUCUACGAGCAAUACGUUUGGAACGAUGAGACGGCACAUCAGUUCAUAGAAGCUCACUUCACAUGGUUUCUUCCGACAUAUACGACAUAUCUACUGCCUCCCCAGCGAGUCGAUGCGUUGAGAUAUUUUCUACUCUGGCAUUUUGGAGGCAUUUAUUUGGACCCAGAGAUUGGGUGUCAACUGUCUAUAGAGCCGCUUCUGCAUGACGUGACAGCACUUUUGCCUCAGAACUGGCCAUAUGGAGUCAGUCAAAGGAUGAUUGCCAGCAGGGCGAAUCAUCCCUUCGUCAUUAAAGUCGCUCUCGAUAUUACCGACCAUGGGCAUUCCUGGCCAAAACACGCUACAGCCAUGUUCAGUACAGGGCCAAUUAUCAUCAGCCGAGUCCUUGCAAGGUGGUUUCGCGCCAUGAGGGAGAGCCCGGAUAUUACUAUUUUGCCACUUGAAAUUUUCGUUGGUGAGAAGGGUGCCUUUUUCAUGAGUCAUGAGCCUCAGAUACCGCCUGGGGACGAGUUCUCCAUCUUCCAGUUUGUGCUUGAAAAUCCGAUCGGGUGGGGUGGUGCGGCUUUAGCGCUUGGUGUGAUGUCUACGGUGAUUUUUGGAGUCAGUAUGAGGUCCAAGAGUAUCCGUGAUCAAACAUCCACUAGUCUCAUUGUUUAG